AUGGCCUCGGAUAAUCCGUAUGCUAGCAAAUUAACCAACCCGGACACUGACAUCGAGCUUAUUGGCAGAGACCAGUUUGAGGACGGGCUGUCCACGCGGUUUGCGGCCAAGACGGUGGAGGAGACCGUGCAAGAGUUGGACACAAACGAGACCAAGGGGCUUUGCAAUCAGAACGACAUUGUUUAUCGGCGUUCGAUCCAUGGCGUUAACGAGCUGGAGGGCGAAGAAGAGGAGUCGUUGUUUAUCAAGUUCGUGUCGACCUUCUAUGGCGACCCGAUGAUCAUGUUGCUUAUCGGAUCUGCUGGAGUGAGUUUCUACAUGGGCAAUUUGGACGAUGCCAUCAGUAUCACCGCUGCUGUUUUAAUUGUUGUUACUGUUGGGUUUGUUCAGGAGUACCGUUCGGAAAAGAGUCUGGAGGCUUUGAACAAGCUUGUUCCGGAACAGGCCCAUCUGACACGAAACGGCACUACCGAGACGGUGAUGGCCAUGACUCUUGUUCCGGGCGACCUUGUUCGCUUCCAGGUCGGUGACAGAAUCCCAGCAGACAUCAGAUUGACUGAGUCUGUUCACCUGACCAUCGACGAGAGCAAUCUUACUGGUGAAACCAAGCCUGUGUCAAAGAGUCUGGACGUGGUGUCCAAGCCUAUGCCAAGCAUUGGAGAGAGAUCCAAUAUUGCGUUUAUGGGAACGCUUGUGCGGGACGGCCACGGGGCGGGUAUUGUGAUUGCCACCGGCCACAAGACCGCGCUCGGCAGCGUGUUUUCCAUGCUGUCUUCGAUUGAGAAGCCAAAGACUCCGUUGCAGAACGCCAUGGGCAAGCUUGGCCAGCAGCUUUCUUUCUUCAGUUUUGCUGUGAUUGGUGUGAUUGGACUGAUUGGUGUGAUUGAGGGCCGCUCGUGGCUCGACAUGUUCCAGAUCAGUGUUUGUUUAGCCGUUGCUGCUAUUCCCGAGGGAUUGCCGAUUAUCGUGGCAGUGACGCUCGCACUGGGUGUUUUGAGAAUGGCCAAACAGCGUGCCAUUGUCAAGAAAUUGCCUAGUGUUGAGACACUGGGCUCUGUCAACGUGAUUUGCUCAGACAAAACAGGAACGCUCACCCAGAACCACAUGACCGUCAGCAAGGCCUGGACCGUCGACAUGAAAACGAGCCAUCUGGCCGUGGACGGCAACAAGCACCUGCCGGACAACGUCGACAAGGACGUCAAGUACAUGCUGGAGUCCGGAAACCUGUGUAACAACGCCAGGUUCUCGGUCGAGAAGGAGAAGUUCUUGGGAAACCCAACAGAUAUUGCAAUUAUUGAGUCUUUGUCGUCUUUCGGCAUGGACGACCUCAGAAACACAAGAGUGAGAACCAACGAGUUGCCUUUCAACUCGAACAGAAAAUACAUGGCCAUUUGCUCGCAUUUCGGUGACAAGUCCAAAUCCGAGACGUUUGCUAAAGGUGCCGUGGAAAAGAUCGUGGCCAUGUCCAAGAUGUACUACACCAAGACUGGCGAGAUCAAACCUAUUAAUGACGAAAUUUCCAAGCUGAUUUUCAAGAUGGCCGACGACCUGGCCAGCGACGGGCUACGUGUGCUUGCGUUUGCCAGAAACUCCAAGUCGUUCGACACCGAGCCUUCUGACCUGGUGUUUUGCGGGCUGAUGGGCAUGAACGAUCCUCCGCGUCCCCAGGUGAGCAAAUCCAUUGCAUCUUUGCUGAGAGGCGGUGUGCACGUUAUCAUGAUCACGGGCGACAGCGAAGUGACUGCUCUGAACGUUGCUCGCAAAAUUGGCAUGCCAUUGACCGAUCCGGAGCGCAGCGUGCUGACCGGCGAGAAGAUCGACGCCAUGUCCGAAGAGGCUCUUUCCGAGGCCAUUCAGUACGUUUCUGUGUUUGCCAGAACCACUCCUGAACACAAGGUGGCCAUUGUGCGUGCUUUGCAACUGCGUGGAGACAUUGUGGCCAUGACGGGAGACGGAGUGAACGACGCCCCGGCUUUGAAGCUGGCGGACAUUGGUAUUGCUAUGGGUAAGAACGGAACCGACGUGGCCAAGGAAGCUGCCGACAUGGUGCUCACAGACGACGACUUCUCGACGAUCUUGCACGCCAUCAGAGAAGGUAAGGGAAUUUUCAACAACAUCCAGAACUUCCUCACGUUCCAGCUGUCCACGUCUGUGGCUGCGCUAUCGCUGAUUGCUGUAUCGACCUUAUUUAACCUGCCAAACCCGCUGAACGCCAUGCAGAUUCUGUGGAUCAACAUUCUGAUGGACGGUCCGCCAGCCCAGUCGCUCGGCGUGGAGCCUGUUGACCAGGAGGUGAUGAACAAGCCGCCAAGAUCCCGGUCCGAGCGGAUUCUCACCGUGGCUGUUCUCAAGCGCGUGCUCACCGCUGCCUUUUUCAUUAUCAUCGGAACCAUGUACGUGUACGUGAGAGAGAUGAAGGACUCGGUCACCAGAAGAGACACCACGAUGACGUUCACGUGCUUUGUGCUGUUCGACAUGUUCAACGCUCUGGCGUGCCGCUCAUACUCCAAGUCGGUGUUCCAGCUCGGCCUGAAGAACACCAUGUUUAAUUACGCGGUUGGAGGCUCGCUACUGGGCCAGCUGUGUGCGAUCUACGUGCCAUUUUUCCAGUCCAUCUUCCAGACCGAGGCCCUUGCUGCCAGCGACCUGCUCUACCUGGUGGCCAUUACCAGCUCGGUGUGGAUCGUGGACGAGGUCCGCAAAUACCUCAGACGCAAAAACGCGAGUUAUACGUACGGUUACUCGACGGCUGUUUAG